GACCCCUGCGCUCCCGUCGAGCCAGUAACAGCGCCAAUGCCCUAGUAGAAGCCCUGUAGGUAGGACUUAAUGUAAUUUACAACGUCGCAUGAAGUGUAUAAAAAAGGCGAAUAUUUUAGUUAAUUACAAGGAGGUCCUGAUCCACACUCGCUAUUCAGUUUAUGUAUUUAUAUCACUUCUGAGAGUUUUAGUAUAACCCCCCCCCCAAAAAAAAGGCUCAAUCACUACUGUUAAGUGUUAUCUGUGCAAGGGGCAAAUGACAGCCAGUUCUGUUUUCUUUGUGAUAUACUCCUAAUGUGUUAUAAAGUUAAAAUAAAAGUUCAGUUGCCGCACUGGUGAGAAGUUGUAUUAAGGAGCUUGCAUUUUAAAUUUGCUCUAGGCCUGUGCGAAGUUCCAGUGGAACUUCUGCAGUGAUGGAAAUGUCUUGCCCCGUCCAAUAGGGUAGCCACUAGGCACAUGUGGCCGUGGCAGUCUUCAGAUGUGGCUAGAGUGACUGAGGAAUUGACUUUUCAAUUUUACUUAAUUUUCGUUCAUUUGAAUUUAAAUAGUCACAUGUGGCUAGUGGCUACUGUGUUGGACAGCGUGCAACUGUAGAGCACCGGGGGAAUUUUACUGUUUCUUGUUUGGGGAAUACAGUGGGUUGUGAUUUAGGAUGCUCCCAAGUAAGGGUGGGCCCACUAAGCACAGUAUGCUUGUCAUCUGAAAAUCCUUGCUCUCUUUAUCGUAAAAUUUUUUAUCACAUCUUAGAAGUCACAACCACAAGAGCUGUUAUUUGGUUACUGUACUCAUUCUGUUAAAAUGAGGUGUUUUAAGUGGUUUUCUUUCAACUGUCAUUUGGAAUAUUUGUUCAUCAUUAAAUGUUUAUUGAGGACUUACUUUGUAUCUUUGUAGAGACUUGGGACUCAUAGUAGGGUUCAAAUUCCAGCUACACUAUCAUACUAUAUAACAUCAUUUAUGUUACUUUGUCACAUCUCUGGUACAUUGGGGUGGGGCAUGCAUAUGUGUGGUAUAUCUUGUUUAGCUAGACCACAGCUUGUUGAAAGCAGGGAUUGCCAUACCUGGUUUGUCACACAGUGCCGGAAACCAGAUAUACAUAAAUACUUGAUUUAUAUGGAAUUGAAUGUAGGGUAAGAGGCAUUAUUAAUGAAAGUGGAGCUGAGUCUUGAAAAGGGAUACAGGAAAGAGUGAUAUGUUUCUUUGCCAGUUUUAAUCAAGGGUACUAGCUAAUAAAUUAGACAAUAGCCAGUAUAACAUUAUCAAGGUUAAAAGCUACCAUUUAUUGAGUACGUAGUAUAAACCAGCUGCUGUACAAAACAUUAUAUGCAUUUGCUCAUUUAAUCUUCAUUUCAAUUGAGGUAAGUACUCUUACUAGUUUGAUUUUAUAUAUGAGGAAACUGAGGCUAUCUUCAGCCCAGAUAUUUCCUCUGAGCUCCUGUUCUUGAUAUCUCUUGCCUGUUUCACAUCUCCUCUUAGAUGCCUGAGGCCCCUCAAACUUCACGGGUUCAAGAUCUACCUCAUAACCCCAUCCCAGGACAGAGAUACUUCCAGUGGUUCCUGUCUUAAUGAAUGGCUUCACUAUGCAUUCAGCUGAAACCUAGAGGCUCUUCAGCAAAAGCCCUUGUCAGUUUAAAAGAGGGAAGCUUAUCUAACACAUGGAAUGAAAAGUUCAGUUCUUUACAAAAAACACCUGUUUGGAAAGGCAGGAAUACAGGCUCUGCUGUGGAAAUGCCUUUCAGAAAUUCAAAACGAAGUCGACUCUUUUCUGAUGAAGAUGACAGACAAAUAAAUACAAGAUCACCUAAAAGAAACCAGAGGGUUGCAAUGGUUCCACAGAAAUUUACAGCAACAAUGUCAACACCAGAUAAGAAAGCCUCACAGAAGAUUGGUUUUCGAUUACGUAACCUACUGAAGCUUCCCAAAGCACAUAAAUGGUGCAUAUAUGAGUGGUUCUACUCAAAUAUAGAUAAACCACUGUUUGAAGGUGAUAAUGAUUUCUGUGUAUGUCUAAAGGAAUCUUUUCCUAAUUUGAAAACAAGAAAAUUAACAAGAGUAGAAUGGGGAAAAAUCAGGCGGCUUAUGGGAAAACCACGGAGAUGUUCUUCUGCAUUUUUUGAGGAAGAGAGAUCAGCAUUAAAACAGAAACGGCAGAAAAUCCGGCUCUUACAACAAAGGAAAGUUGCGGAUCUUUCACAAUUCAAAGAUCUCCCAGAUGAGAUUCCUUUGCCCCUGGUUAUUGGAACCAAAGUUACAGCACGAUUACGUGGUGUUCAUGACGGUCUGUUCACUGGACAAAUAGAUGCUGUGGACACUCUUAACGCUACUUACAGAGUAACUUUUGAUAGGGCAGGGCUUGGAACCCAUACUAUCCCUGACUAUGAAGUUCUUAGUAACGAGCCUCAUGAGACGAUGCCAAUUGCUGCCUUUGGACAAAAACAGCGGCCUUCUCGGUUUUUUAUGACUCCACCACGGCUACACUAUCCUCCCCUUCUCCCAGCACCAGCUACGGAUAAUGAUCCUUUAUUAGGUCAGUCACCUUGGAGAAGUAAGAUUUCAGGUUCUGACACUGAAACAUUAGGUGGUUUUCCAGUAGAAUUCCUUAUUCAAGUGACCAGAUUAUCAAAAAUCCUCAUGAUCAAGAAGGAACAUAUCAAGAAAUUAAGGGAAAUGAACACAGACGCAGAAAAAUUGAAGUCCUAUUCCAUGCCCAUCGGCAUUGAGUUUCAGCGGAGAUACGCAACCAUCGUUCUGGAGCUGGAGCAGCUGAACAAGGACUUAAACAAAGUCCUGCAUAAAGUCCAACAGUACUGCUACGAGCUUGCUCCAGACCAGGGGCUCCAGCCUGCAGAUCAGCCUACAGACAUGAGACGAAGGUGUGAGGAGGAGGCGCAGGAAAUCGUUCGGCAUGCAAAUUCCUCAACAGGACAGCCCUGUGUUGAAAAUAAAAAUCUGACGGACCUUAUUUCCAGGCUUACAGCGAUUUUAUUACAAAUUAAGUGUCUAGCAGAAGGAGGAGACCUGAAUUCCUUCGAAUUCAAAUCACUUACAGAUUCACUGAAUGAUAUCAAGAGUACAAUAGAUGUUUCUAAUAUCAGUUGCUUUCAGAAUAAUGUAGAAAUCCAUGUUGCACAUAUUCAGAGCGGCCUGAGCCAGAUGGGAAACUUACAUGCCUUUGCAGCAAAUAACACCAACAGAGACUGAGUAGAAGACUUAGUUAUUCCAACUGCAUAGGACAGUGUUUCGAGUUCUUUUCCUCUAUAUAGGCUUCCAACACCAAGUAACCUAACUGCUGGAAAACAAGGGAAAUUUAUAUCCCCAAAAAAGGCAUUUUAAUAUACUGUACUGCUUCUUAACCCAGCAUUGCUGACCACCGUUAUAUUUAUUUUUCUUUCAUUAUUCAGCUGCAGUAACAUUGCUUGUGUUACAUAUGUUUAUUAGCAAGUAGUUUUUGAACUGAAAAUGUCUGAACAUAAUUUCAUGGAGAGGAAUACAUUGACAGUUUUUUUAAUGUGCAUGAAUUCAACCCUACAUGUGCAGACAGCUGUAGUGGAGGACAUGAAGAAACAGUCUUCCUCUGCACAUGCGUGGCAACGUGGAAAUUCCAUCUAGAAAAUGACACCUGCGGUUCAUUUAGUCAAUCACCAUCUCAGUCUUCAAAAGAACAUGAGAUAUGGGAAGUCCUAGUUGAAGGAAGGCACUGGAAUGUAGAUGGAAAAUACGGACUGUACAAGUAUAUAGAGUAUAUACUUGCAGUGUGACAUGGUUCUGUAGAUCAUUUUAUAAUAAUAAAUAUUUUAAUUUAUCAUAAUUUAUAAAAGAAACCUUUGUUGUUUGUCUGUUGAAAGAAAAUGAAGGAGCAGGAAAAAAACAUUACUUGCAAAAUGCUGAAUUUCAGCACAUGGAUUUGGCAUGUCUUUUCCCGUCAAUUCAGGGCAGAAUGCUAUUGUUAUGAGAUUUAUUAAAAAAAGACUGAUAACACACUAUUUUCAUAUUUUUUGUUUAUUUGCACAACUUUUGAACCAGAUUACUGGUUAAAAUCCAACAAUAUACCAUUUAUAAAGUAAAAAGAUUUUAUAAGGAAAACAUAUAAUAACCAGUCCUGUGAAAUACAGAUAAAAGGUUUAUAUUUGGUUGUGGUUUUGUUUUUCUGUUUUGUUUUUUAAGGAAAACCCUGCCUAAAAUAUUAAUCUUGUAAAAAGUGUGUAUUUGGAAUUCUCUUUGUUUUAAUAUAGAAUAUUAUAAAGUCAAAAUAUAAUAAAUUGUUUUCAGAUUUGGAGUUUAAGAUAUAGCUGUAGAAGUGGCUUUAAUUCCUUUAGAUGUCUCAUAAAAUGAGGCUUUUUAUAUGUUAAUGUAUAAUAAAACUGAAACAAGAUUAUUUUCCAUUUGAAAUUUUUGUAUAGUUUAAAAAUGCUUCCAGAUUCUGUGCCACUGCAGAACUUUAGUGCAGAGUUUAUAUUUAGCUCAACUGUUAUGUUAAUUAAGAAAAGCAUAAAUCUUUUAUUCUUAAUAUUUGUAAUUCUAAAUAAAUUGAUCUAUGAAAAUUAA